AUGUUUAUGCAGGCUGAAGUUAUAUACUUAGGGCAACUUUCACAUCCAAAUUUGGUGAAACUAGUUGGAUAUUGCUGCGAAGAUGAACACCGAGUAUUGAUUUAUGAGUAUAUGCCGCGGGGUAGUGUCGAGAACAAUCUCUUCUCAAGAGUUUUACUUCCUCUUCCAUGGUCUGUCAGAAUGAAGAUUGCAUUAGGUGCUGCAAAAAGACUUGCAUUUCUCCAUGACGCGGAGCAGCCAGUCAUCUAUCGAGAUUUUAAGACAUCCAAUAUUUUGCUUGACAUGGACUACAACCCAAAGCUUUCUGAUUUCGGCCUAGCCAAAGAUGGACCUGUGGGCGAUAAAUCUCACGUGUCUACUCGCAUCAUGGGAACUUAUGGCUAUGCAGCUCCUGAAUACAUAAUGACAGGGCAUUUAACACCUAGGAGUGAUGUUUAUAGCUACGGCGUCGUUCUUCUCGAGCUACUAACUGGAAGAAAGUCCUUGGACAAAUCCCGUCCAGCCCGAGAACAGAACUUAACAGACUGGGCACUUCCUUUACUUAGCGAGAAGAAAAAACUUGUUAACAUUAUAGACCCAAGAUUAGGAGGCGAUUACCCGAUCAAAGGAAUUCACAAAGCAGCUAUGCUUGCUUAUCAUUGCUUAAACCGUAACCCAAAAGCUAGACCAUUGAUGAGAGAUAUUGUAGAUUCUUUAGAGCCUCUACAGGUUUCAACGACAGAGUUGUCAAAUACUGUUCUUACUUACAGUGAUGAAGCCUCACUAGUUGCAUCUCGAAAGAAAUGAGGAUUCUUGUUGGAAGUAUUGUGAGUUUAUUGUGUUUUCUUCGGAGUUCCUGCACGAGGAAAAUGUGUAAUUUGAUUUGUUUCAUUCUAAUUUUCUAAAGAUGUUGUUGUUGUUGUUGUUGCUGUUGCUGCUGCUGCUGCUAAGCUCCAAACAUAGAUAUAACAAAAACUGAUUGUAAUACUUGUAGGGGUUUGUGGGAUUAAGUAUUGGUUUAACACUU